GGUGCCUUGCGCAACUUCUUCGCCGACCAAGAAUUCAAAGUCCUCCAGAUCAACUUUACCAUCAUCACUGUCUUCAAGUCCGAUGAACGCGACUCCCCCUGAUGCCAGUCAGUCGGCAAUUAUCGACACCUUAAUAUCCGGAUUUGAUGCCUUGCUAUCCACUGUCCGCGCGCACAUCGAAAACGAGAAGGCCUUGAGGGAGAGGCUCGAUUUUGCGGCAAGUGAGUACGAGAAAGUAUUAGCUGUUGACAGUACUCUUUCGGCAUCCUCCAUUGCCCCGAGCGAAGUCGUCCGUCAGUUCCGACAAUUUCCUGCCCUCUGUACCGAAGUCGAAUGUUCUCUCCCUAUCCGCGAAGCGCAGCAAGCCAUACGAACGUACAAGAUGUCCAAGACACAAAGACCGCAGGCCAACGGGGCGCGUUGCCCAAUAGCGCACCGAAGCGGCGACCCUGAAGACCUUGAGCGGGAUUUCACGACCCCGGGGGUGAAAGGAACGCUAGGAUGUCCCUUUGCCAAAAUACCCAACGGACCUGCAUCGUCGGCGCACGAUGAUCCCAUAGCAGCAGAGUUUCACCAAGACACACAGUCAGCACGCUCGCCCAACCCAGAUCAACGCCCGGGUCAAUGUCCUAUUCGGUUCCUCGAUCAGCAUUCUCCUGAAGAAAUUGCUAAAUAUUUUGAGAACCAUAAGCACGAAAUUCCCCGGAGCCACGAAAUCUGUGUACGAAGAUAUCAGGGCAACGAAACCAGCGCGCGACAGCUUGAUGCUAAGUAUGGCAAUUUGGUAAACAUGAUACAAGGUCUGGGAGUUAAGCACAAAGCAUACCUGCCUGAGCGAGAUAGGAUCGAAGAACAGUCAAACCAGGCGGUAGAGAAAUGGGCCGAGAAAAUCAGUGAGCAUGCCAGCGAGCCUCCAGUUCAAGACGGCGUGGUCCAAGAUGAAGAGCCGAGAGUAUCACAUUUUGAUAAACCAUUGCGGGAGGUCCGGGUUGGCGAAUCUCCUAGUCGGCCAUGGGGCAUCUCGGUGCCCGCGGAUAAAGAACCGACCCCGAGUGCCCUGCAAGAGGAAGAUGGCGUGGCACAUCUAAAGAUACAUUCUGCGAGUUCACAGGCGGCUCCAGCAGUGUCUCGGGAUGAACGUCCGCAAGAGCAGAGCCGCAAAACGUCUCCACCGGACAGACGGACAGACUACUCUGUCCAGGGCAAAGAGCCCCAAACCCAGAUCAUUUUCAACGGGCCAGUCUUCUUCGGAUAUUCUGCCGAGGAAGUGUCAGCUUUGCUGCAGAAUACUAACCUAGGCAACUCGAAGCCUGGUGGUGGAUAAACGACAACCAGUCCAAGAGCUCAGGCUGCCGACUUUUUUUUUGAUUUUGUAGCGUUCAGAGCGAAGCGAUCAAAGACAUGACAUGACAUGACGAAUUGUGUUUAUAAAGAUGGUGUAUCAGUGUACAAUGUGAUUGUACCAGUAGAAAAGGGUGUUUCAUGUAGGCACGCAAGGAGUCAACCAAUCCAAUGUGCAAGCGGGGACAGGUUGAACUAUGAAGGUCCAAUACAUUCAUUCUUGCAACCAAAAUGUGUGAAGAAUAUCCACCAGCUCUAGCCGUAC